AUGUGGAAAUAUCCUGGCGUUCCCAUAACCCUGGUCUAUCUUUUUGGCCAUGUUCAGGCCCAAAAUUCUACUUCCAAUCCCCUCGAAGGCUGGCAAUUUGACGACGCCAGUCGGUCAAGCUGGGAUAUCUUGUGGACAUGUUUGACGACAAUAUUUGCCUGCACGUGGGCCGCACUCCAUUUUCAACUGCCCGUAUACGUGAAAGGGUCGGCACGAGCUUGGGGAAAAUUCACCGCGUGGAUUUACACUCUCAUUGCCCCGGAAAUUAUGGUCAUAUACGUGGCAGUUGAUUUCCAUUCCGCGAGAGAUGCCGCCGCACACUGUAACAGGGCAUUUCGAGCCACUAUGGACGAAGCCAAAACUCAAGAAACCCGGUCCACUCAAGGGCAGUUACUCACCAGCGGCGUCAAAGCCGACGGGAGGGAAGAUGAUCGAGAGUGGACAACGACACAUGGCUUUUGCAUUAGAAUGGGUGGGUUUCAACUGCGGACCAAAGAUGGUUGGCUGUAUACAAUCAGCGUGGAGAAUAUUAUCCCCCUUAUCGAAGCUGGAGUUAUCCAGCCCGGCGACCUCGACGAAGAAGAAAUCAAAGAUCACUCAAAGGCGGACGCGGUUGCAAAGCUAUUAGCGAUACUGCAGAGCGUCUGGGUUACGAUUAAUAUUCUCGCGAGAGCCGCUCUCCAAUUGCCUAUAUGUCCACUUGAAAUCUCUACUGUUGCCUACGUCCUUUGUGCAUUCUUCACAUAUGCACUAUGGUGGUGCAAACCGAAGGACAUGAAAACACCGAUCACCCUGCAUAUCCCCUACAAUCGAAACAGUGAAGAAAUAUCUUCCUGGGUACACGAGAUUCUCGAUGCGCGAUCGCAUUGCUGGCGGCACCCAACGGAACAGACGGUUGAUAGGGAACCCAAGGAGGCUAGUGACCCCAAAGAAUCCUUAUUUCGAAGAUCGAGGCACAAGCUCUGGUCGGAUCAGGCUAGGGAUGGCAUGAUUGGCAGACUAUCCCCAUUGGACGAAGCGCUUUUGACAAUAUGUGCCGCCAUUGGCCUACAGGCAUUUAGUGCAAUUCAUGUGGCCGCGUGGAACUUUGUCUUCCCUACUUUGGCUGAAAGGUGGGCCUGGAGAGUUAUCUCAUUGAUCGCUCUUAUAAUACCAUGGAUCUCUUUCUGGAUGGCUGUGGUCCCGUUGUUCCUGGCUUGGUGUGUCAGAAAGUAUCGCCUACAUGUGCCAUGGUUGGAGUCUUAUAUCGACCCGGAAAGCCGGCGAACUUUGCUGGAGGGUGUGAUUUUUGAGGGUGUUUUCUUUGUGUACUAUUUCGCACGAGUGGGAACGAUCAUUUUGAUGAUGAUCUCUCUUCGGGCUCUCCCCGCUGGCUCAUUCAUUGGCAUCGACUGGCUGUCGACCAUUCCUCAUAUAUGA